AGUGUUGGUGGACUGGCUUGGAAGCAGUUCAGUUUGGAAGCCUGAUUGGAGAGCUCACGAAAAUAGAAAGUGAGGACAUAAAGGCAUCAUCCUACAACGGCUGAAUCACUAAGUGAAAUUUCUGACAGUCUGGAUGUUCUGGAGGCCGGUGAUGAGGGAAAGAAGAAAUGCAAAUUUAAAGCCCUUAAGAGCUUUUUUGUUAAGAAGAAGGAAAAAGAAGCCGAAGAUACCCAGGAAGAAGAAAUGCUAGAACUGAGCUUGUCCAGCAGCAACAUUAACAUCUCUUCUCUGCAGCCCGUUCGGGAAAAUCAACCAACUAAGGCCAGGGCCAAGAGCAGCAUGGGGAGCAAAGCCCUAUCCCAUGAUAGCAUCUUCAUGUUGGGUCCUGAGCCUGAAAGAUCAGCAAGUAAAAUGUUUCCUUCUAUGGAUCCCCAGAGAGGCAGACCUCAGCAGAGAUCCCAUAUUUCCAGAACUCUGCCUAAACCUAGGAGUAAGGUUCCUGGAGUUGUGUCUGGAGCCAUGUCAGGAGCUGUGCUUCAAAAUGUGCCUACAAGUGCAGUCUGGGUUGCUGGCCCCAAGAUCACUGAGAACCCACCAUCACGCCGACGCCGACUCAGCAUCAUCCCACCUGUUAUCCAACCUGAAAUAAUUUCUAAGAACUUGGUAGAAAUCUCUCUCGAUCAUGAGUCACCUAAGAAUCCACAAAAGAAGGCUUUACCACAUAAGAGUUUGACAGCGACUCAGAGCUUCUCUGAGUUAUCAUCUGGACCUGAUUGCUCACAGUCCUUGACUGCAUUUGCCACGCUUGCCUCUACCAGCAGCACCCAGCUGCCCAUUGGUUUCAGCACCCCAGCCACCACCCAGGGCUGUUUGGAUUCUUCAGCUGCUCGCCACAAAAUGACUUUAAAUCCCCGCAAACAAAAGAAGAACCUUCAAGUGAUUGUGGAACCAAAGGAGGAGGAGCCAAACCUUCCAUUGGUUUCUGAAGAAGAAAAGAGCAUAACCAAACCAAAAGAAAUCAACGAAAAGAAGCUGGGAAUGGACAGUGCAGAUUCCUCAAGCCAGAAACAGAACAACAAAACUGAGAUGUAUGAUAAGAAGACAACAGACCAGGCUCCAAACACUGAUGCUUCUCGGAGUCAGGGCUAUCCAAUGUCAGCAGCAUAUGGAAGAAGAUGGAGAAGAAAAGGAGCAAGUGUUUCAGGAUUGAGUGGGUGUGAAUUCAAAGGAAGAAGCCUUAAACAAUCCAGUGAAGGGUAUGGCCUGGGCGAUAGAGCUGGGUCUUCACCUACCAAUAAGACUGCCAGGAAUGUCCCUUUCUCACACUUGUCCUUAGAGAAGGACAACAUGGAGCAGCCUACAACUUCACAACCAGAAACCACUACCCCUCAGGGGUUGCUUUCAGAUAAAGAUGACAUGGGAAGGAGAAAUGCUGGCAUAGAUUUCGGAUCCAGAAAAGCAUCAGCAGCACAGCCCAUACCUGAAAACAUGGACAAUUCCAUGGUUAGUGAUCCACAACCAUACCAUGAAGAUGCAGCUUCUGGAGCUGAGAAGACAGAAGCCAGAGCUUCUCUCUCACUGAUGGUGGAAAGCCUUUCUACAACCCAAGAGGAGGCCAUUCUCUCAGUAGCAGCAGAGGCUCAGGUGUUUAUGAAUCCUUCUCAUAUCCAGUUAGAAGAUCAAGAAGCUUUCAGCUUUGAUUUACAAAAGGCCCAAUCCAAAAUGGAGUCAGCCCAGGAUGUUCAAACUAUCUGCAAAGAAAAGCCUUCUGGAAAUGUUCACCAGACCUUUACAGCAAGUGUUUUGGGUAUGACAAGUACUACAGCCAAAGGAGAUGUUUAUGCCAAGACUCUGCCUCCCAGAAGCCUUUUUCAGUCCUCAAGGAAGCCUGAUGCUGAAGAAGUCUCCUCAGAUUCAGAGAAUAUUCCUGAGGAGGGGGAUGGUUCUGAAGAACUGGCUCAUGGUCACUCUUCCCAGUCCUUGGGGAAGUUUGAAGAUGAACAAGAAGUCUUCUCAGAAUCAAAAAGUUUUCUUGAGGACUUGAGCAGCUCUGAGGAGGAGCUGGACCUCAGAUGCCUCUCCCAGGCUUUAGAGGAGCCUGAAGAUGAAGAAGUCUUCACAGAAUCAAGCAGUUAUGUUGAAAAGUACAACACUUCUGAUGAUUGCAGCAGCUCAGAGGAAGACCUGCCUCUCAGACACCCUGCUCAGGCCUUGGGAAAGCCCAAAAACCAACAAGAAGUCUCCUCUGCUUCAAAUAAUACUCCUGAAGAGCAGAAUGAUUUUAUGCAGCAGCUGCCUUCCAGAUGCCCUUCUCAGCCCAUUAUGAAUCCUACUCUUCAGCAACAAGUCCCCACCAGUUCAGUGGGCACUUCUAUAAAACAGAGCGAUUCCGUGGAGCCAAUCCCUCCAAGACACCCUUUCCAGCCAUGGGUGAACCCUAAAGUGGAGCAAGAAGUUUCGUCAUCUCCAAAGAGCUUGGCUGUUGAAGAGAGCAUUUCUAUGAAGCCUCUGCCUCCUAAACUUCUUUGCCAGCCCUUGAUGAAUCCUAAAGUUCAACAAAACAUGUUCUCAGGUUCAGAGGACAUUGCUGUUGAGAGAGUCAUUUCUGUGGAGCCACUACUCCCCAGAUAUUCUCCUCAGUCCUUGACAGAUCCUCAAAUCCGGCAAAUCUCUGAAAGCACAGCUGUUGAGGAAGGCACUUAUGUGGAACCGCUGCCUCCCAGAUGCCUUUCCCAGCCCUCGGAGAGGCCUAAGUUCCUGGACUCAAUGACUACUUCUGCAGAAUGGAGCAGUCCUGUGGCACCAACACCUUCCAAAUACACUUCCCAGCCAUGGGUGACCCCUAAAUUUGAGGAACUGUAUCAACUCUCUGCACAUCCAGAAAGCACUACUGUUGAAGAGGAUAUUUCUAAGGAGCAGCUGCUUCCCAGACAUCUUUCCCAGCUGACGGUGGGAAAUAAAGUCCAGCAACUGUCCUCAAAUUUCGAGCGGGCUGCUAUUGAGGCAGACAUUUCUGGGAGUCCAUUGCCUCCCCAAUAUGCUACCCAGUUCUUAAAGAGGUCUAAAGUUCAGGAAAUGACCUCACGACUAGAGAAAAUGGCUGUUGAAGGCACUUCUAACAAAUCACGGAUUCCCAGGCGUCCGACCCAGUCAUUCGUGAAAUUUAUGGCACAGCAAAUCUUUUCAGAGAGCUCUGCUCUUAAGAGGGGCAGUGAUGUGGCACCUCUGCCUCCCAAUCUUCCUUCCAAAUCUUUAUCAAAGCCUGAAGUCAAGCACCAAGUUUUCUCAGAUUCAGGGAGUGCUAAUCCUAAGGGAGGCAUUUCUUCAAAGAUGCUACCUAUGAAGCACCCUUUACAGUCCUUGGGGAGGCCUGAAGACCCACAGAAAGUUUUCUCUUAUUCAGAGAGAGCUCCUGGGAAGUGCAGCAGUUUUAAAGAGCAGCUGUCUCCCAGGCAGCUUUCCCAGGCCUUGAGGAAACCUGAGUAUGAGCAAAAAGUCUCCUCUGUUUCUGCCAGUUCUCCUAAAGAGUGGAGGAAUUCUAAAAAGCAGCUGCCUCCCAAACAUUCUUCCCAAGCCUCAGAUAGGUCUAAAUUCCAGCCACAGAUGUCAUCAAAGGGCCCAGUGAAUGUACCUGUAAAGCAGAGCAGUGGUGAGAAGCACCUGCCUUCAAGUAGUCCUUUCCAGCAACAGGUUCAUUCAAGUUCUGUGAAUGCUGCUGCUAGGCGAUCUGUUUUUGAGAGCAAUUCUGACAACUGGUUCCUAGGAAGAGAUGAAGCUUUUGCAAUCAAAACCAAGAAAUUCAGCCAAGGUUCCAAAAACCCCAUAAAGAGCAUUCCAGCCCCUGCUACCAAACCUGGGAAGUUCACCAUUGCUCCUGUCAGGCAAACAUCCACUUCUGGGGGCAUUUACUCUAAGAAAGAAGAUCUUGAGAGUGGUGAUGGUAAUAAUAACCAGCAUGCAAACCUAUCCAAUCAGGAUGAUGUUGAAAAGCUUUUUGGAGUUCGACUGAAAAGAGCCCCUCCCUCGCAGAAGUAUAAGAGUGAGAAACAAGAUAACUUCACCCAGCUUGCUUCAGUGCCCUCGGGCCCAAUUUCAUCCUCUGUAGGCAGGGGACAUAAAAUCAGAAGCACUUCCCAGGGGCUCCUGGAUGCUGCAGGGAACCUCACCAAAAUAUCUUACGUUGCAGAUAAGCAACAGAGCAGGCCCAAAUCUGAAAGCAUGGCCAAGAAGCAACCUGCUUGCAAGACCCCAGGAAAGCCUGCUGGUCAACAGUCAGAUUAUGCUGUCUCAGAGCCAGUUUGGAUAACUAUGGCAAAGCAGAAGCAGAGGAGUUUCAAGGCCCACAUUCCUGUGAAAGAGCUGAAAACUAAGAGCAGUGCUGGAGCCGAUGCUGAGACUAAGGAGCCUAAAUAUGGGGGAGCUGGCUCUGCAAAUGAAAACCAACCUAAAAAGAUGUUCACUUCCAGUGUCCAUAAACAGGAGAAGACAGCACAGAUGAAGCCACCUAAGCCUACAAAAUCAGUUGGAUUUGAAGGUCAGAAGAUACUGCAAGUUCCUGCCAUGGAAAAAGAAACCAAACGAUCUUCAACUCUCCCAGCCAAGUUCCAGAACCCAGUUGAGCCAGUUGAGCCUGUCUGGUUCUCACUGGCCAGGAAGAAAGCCAAAGCAUGGAGCCACAUGGCAGAAAUCACGCAAUAAAGAGCUCUUGUGUGGAGCAUCAGCAUUUAUUUUAUUUAGUUUUUUUUUUUUUUUUUUUUUUUUUUUGAGACGGAGUCUCGCUCUGUUACCCAGACUGGAGUGCAGUGGCGCGAUCUCCGCUCACUGCAAGCUCCGCCUCCCGGGUUCACGCCACUCUUCCGCCUCAGUCUCCCGACUAGCUGGGACUACAGGCGCCCGCCAUCACGCCCGGCUAAUUUUGUUUUCGUAUUUUUAGUAGAGACGGGGUUUCACCAUGUUGGCCAGGAUGGUCUUGAUCUCCUGACCUCGUGAUCCACCCGCCUCGGCCUCCCAAAAGCUGGGAUUACAGGCGUGAGCCACCGCGCCCGGCCAAGCAUCAGCAUUUUAAAUGAUAAUUGCUAAUAGCUGUAUUAAUUCUAUGUAGUGAUCUUUUUACUGUGACCACUUGUAUUAAGCAAAAUAAGUAUUAAGCAAACUAAGAAUUUAUUAAGCAAAAUAAGAAUUUAUUAAGCAAAAUAGCCUUAGAAAUGCAAAUUAAAACAUAAUUAUUUGAAUGAAAUAAAUGCCAUGAAUGCUUAACCUUCCAUGUAGUCACUGCCAGCACCCAGAAACCCAGCAUUUCCUCUAUUAAAACUAUCGAAAACAUUUGCACUGCUGUAAAAUUGCAAAAUCUUUAACUUUGGACAAUGUGCUUUAGAAGGGAGAAAGCAAAAACAUUUUGUUGGAGCAACUAGAAAAUUGUCAUUUCCCUCAACCAAAUAAAGUAAUUCUAAUGGAAACAUUCAGAUGAUUUGACCUAAAGAUUGGCCUUUAGGUUUUAUGAGCCUAGAUAGAUGCCGCAAUUAUUUGGUUGUUGCUCUAAGCUUUGCAAGGGAUCCUAAAAGAGGCGGUGGAAGUGAAAAUUCUGGGUCUCCAAGAAAAUUUCUGCACAGCCAGUUCUCCAAUCAGCCUAUCACCCCUUGAAACAUCUUCCCUGUGUCCCUGGGGGCCCCUGAUGCUUUCUCCUUGGGUGAUAGUAACAUGCAGAGCACUUACACAAAGCUCCCUCUUUGGACAUACCCCACGUCGACCUGUCACAGGCCUGGCUGCAGCGAGCACCUCCCUAUGAUGCAGAAUGCUUCUUGGGAAUUAUCUUACUCCUCUGGAGGGUUAGUCCAUCAAUGUUUUGCUUCUUGUCCCAAUACUACUGUGACCCUCUCUGAUCGCACAGAAAUCACUGCCUAUCACGUAUAUCCUGUUAAGCACUGAAGACCCUAUUGAAAUUAGAGUUCUACAGAUGCCAAAAGCUGUACUUUCCAUCAGGCAGAUGGCAAGCUUACUGCCUUGAUGCACAUCUGGAGCCACUGGAGCUCCUUCCUCUCUGGUUCCAGCAUUAAGGUGGAGAACUCCAUGUAGCUUCUUGUCCUUUCCCCUCAGCUGUCUUUGCUUCACAAGGUUUUAGCCCAAAGCAAGAGUGCAAUCCCAAAGCCACAGAGAAAUGAACUUUCUGCUACCUGGAAGCUUUAAGUGAGUAAAUCAGCUUUUCCCCACUCUCAUUCCUAGAGGCACACACCUCAAAAGUUACUAGGCUGGAGAGACCCUACCUUCCAGUGACCCACUCAUCCCCCAGCCACGGAGAAGAGGGAAGACCAAAAAGGGAGAGUGAGAAAGAGGAUGAGAGGGAUGGUCAGCUGUGAGGGGAGGGGGCAAGUGGCCCAGCAAAUGUUGAUGCCUCCCUUCCCAUCUUGCCACGCGGUCUUUUUCUUUUGUAGCACAGCCUCCAUUAAUAACUCCUCGGCUGAGGAUGAAGAUGUAGGCACCUUUACCCCCAGAGCCAGUUCCUUAAUUGGCUGGCUUUCUGAGAUGCAGACCACCCUAGAAUCUCAUCUAGGUUCACUAGAAGUUAGUUAAAUCUUCCUUUCUCUGUCUUUCUCUUCAUUCCAUCCCCCAAACCCACCAAACACUAAGGGAGAGCUCCCUUUGGAUGUCUGGGCAGUAAACCUAGCUCAUUUUUCUAGGAGACCCAGAAGUGACUUCUGAGUAGUUAUCACUGUGUCUGCCUCUGUUACACUGUGCUGCUUUGGUUAAACAGAAAUGCAGGCCUGGACAUCUGACUGUGCCUUUAUAUUCUGAGUGGGGUGCUGCCCCAUGCAAAAAAAUCCAGAGAGGUAGUGAGGUGUCAGAGCUAAACACUUGGUGCUGGGUUUUGCUGAUGCUGGUAUAAUGUGACACAGUACAAUUACAUGCUAAAUUUUGCAUUUUCUCUAUAUAACAUCUAUUUUUCCUGAUACUGUGCCUUUGCCAUUUUGAUAAUGCUAUUUUGAUUGAGUGAAUUUUAUUUCCUUUGUAUUCCCAUAGUGAACAGUAUAUUAAGGUAGAUGCCCUUUAUCUGGGUACUCCUGGUAGAUUAGCUGUUACACCUCCCUUCCCUUUCUUACAGUGAACCUGUAUUCAGUUAUUCUCACUCUGAGAACUCUCCAAUAACAAUUUCUUUUCCACAGUUAACAACACAGCUGUUACACCUCCCUUCCUUUUUUUCACAGUGAACCUGUAUUCAGCUAUUCUCACUCUGAGAACUCUCCAAUAACAAUUUCUUUUCCACAGUUAACAACAAAGUUCUGUUUUUAAAUGAAGAGAUUAAGUUCUUUUUAAAUGCCUAAAGGCAUAUUCUGACAACUUUUCUACUUCUUUAACUUUUUUGAUUUAAGAUAUAUGCAAAGCAAAUAAAUUCAAUAAAGCCUA